CCACCACCCAUCUUUCUAUCUCUACCCCAUCCACCUCCCCUCUUUCUAUCUCUACCCCCUACACCUCCCCUCUUUCUAUCUCUACCCCCUCCACCUCCCCUCUUUCUGUCUCUCCCCCCACCUCCUCCCCUCUUUCUGUCUCUACCCCCUCCAUCUCCCUUCUUUCUGUCUCUACCCCCUCCACCUCCCCUCUUUCUGUCUCUACCCCCUCCAUCUCCCUUCUCUCUGUCUCUACCCCCACCACCUCCCCUCUUUCUGUCUCUACCCCCUCCACCUCCCUUCUUUCUGUCUCUACCCCCUCCAUCUCCCUUCUCUCUGUCUCUACCCUCUCCACCUCCCCUCUUUCUGUCUCUACCCCCUCCACCUCCCCUCUUUCUGUCUCUACCCCCACCUCCUCCCCUCUUUCUGUCUCUACCCCCACCUCCUCCCCUCUUUCUGUCUCUAUCCCCACCA